AUGAAUCCUUUUAGUAUUAUUAAACAAUCUGACAAUAUACUAGCGGCUAUAAAAAAACCGAGAAAAAUUUUGUUCGAUAAUUUUACAAUUAAAAAUGCAGAGAUUUGGUUAAAACGAUUACAAAGACAGAUUAAAUCAUGUAAUAAAGCAAUUCGUAGUAGACAGCAAUAUAAUUUAUCAAUUGGUGAUCUACGUAAAUUAGAAACUAAUGUGGGACAUUUUAAACAUUUUAGAAAAUUAAUUUUGAAUAGACAUAUUGGGAUGGGUAUACAAUCAAAAUUAGGGCAACGAGUAAAAUGGGCUAAUGUAGAAUCUAGUUUUAAAAGUAGAGCUACAACUGGAAUUAUAGUUCAUUUACGUCAUAAGGACUUAGAUACAUUUUUGAAUGAUUGUGUAGUUAUUUUUAAAAAUAAAAUUAAUAAAUUUUUGAAACAACAUCAAGCACUUAAAGUUAAUACUACACAUAAAAGCUCAUAUAAAGUGCCCCCUUUCUAA